AUGGCGGAGGCGGAGGACAGUGAGCAUAGUGAGCGAGAGCGUGAGAGCCUGGCCCCUCCCGGCCUGGCUGAAUGUCUGCUCAGCGACACCGGACCGGAGUGCCGUGUGGGAGCCUUGCAAGUGGAGCGAGAAGGCGGGGAGGUCUUAUCGUGCCAGAUAAUCGGGGUAGCCUUGGUGGACGGAGGGUACCUCGUAGCGGUGCCUCAUGCAGCUUGGCACCGGGUGGGUGCCAGAAGGUACUUGCCUCCGGAUUCUCUGACUCGCCCGACGUUGGCGGAGGUCCUGGCGGCAUCGGCUGUGGACAGACGUCAAGCACAUCCUGUCUGGAAGGUGAAGACUUGGCUGGGCGUCUUGAACCCGGCUCUGGUGACCAGCGUCGUCUUCUCCGGAGGGGGCGAAGCUACUGCUUUCGGAGCCGCCGACGAAGGGGCGGAGAUCGUCUUCACGGUGGCGGGCUCCGGUGGGACGGCAGGGGGACCGAGUCCAGCUUGCCCGCUGGGGCAGUCCCUCAGCGCGAUCGCGGCCGAGCACUUCAGCUUCCACUCAGCUCAGGAGUUUCUGCCGGAGGAGGACUUGGAGUCGCGGGUCCCCGCUCGCCUGGAAGCUGUGGAGUCAGCCAUUGGAGAGUUGAAAGCAGGCAUCCAGACCCUCCUCGCUCGUGGUGCGGGAGGAGAACCGGCGCCCGCUGCACCGGCUCGCCAGACGCGGGUCGGCGGUCUUCCCUCAAGGACUCCAGCGCCGACGGUUGGCGGCCCACCUUUGGCAGGCUUGGAUCCUGCCGUGCUACGUUCCGCUCGGAUGGCCGGGGUGCCCGAAGCCCAGCUGGAGAAGAUGAGUCAGCUUGUUCAGGGAGCGAGGAGAUUGCCGGCAGAGCCGAAAGGUCCCGCGGUGGAUCCCUUAGACGACGAGCCGCUCGAGGACGAUGCCGAGGUUCACCCCGGAAAGGACGGCGGCGGCGAGCUUCAUCAGGCGGUGGUGCAGAUGAGUCGAAUCCUCUCGCACAUGCACAAGGAGAAGAAGCCUUCGAGUCUCGAGGACGUGUUGGACCGAGCGGAGGGGGGCUCCGAUCUGACGGGGGCCUCUUCUUCGAGCGGACGGAGCAAGGCCGCUGCUUACCAGCGGCUCCGAAGCAUGCUCAGGACCAACCCGGCCGAGAUCUCCAAGUCGAUCGAGUCUUGCAUGCAGGACGACUUCGCGCAUGCGCAGAGCGGACCGGGCUUGGAUGCUCGGCCUUGCAGUGCAAGGGCUUGGAUAGAACAUCGGAGCCUCCUGCAAAGCUUCAAUGGGCCUGUCCGUCAGGCUUGGACCCUUGGUGGCAUCAUCGACGCUCUGAACAAUGGAGAUGCAGAACUGGCGAAAGCCACAGCGCUUCUCGCGUUGGCUGGAUUAGAUCAAGCCGCUAUCGACAGCGGCUCAUGGCUGCUCGCGAGCGAGAUCGCUCUGGAACCGAGUCCGCCCUUCGGGGCAUUCAGCCGCCCGAGGACUCUAGACCCAUUCGAGGCUCGCCAGACUCGCUUGUUGGACCCAAGGUGGAUUUCCAUCCUGAUGGGGCGGAUCAAAGAGAGAGACGCCUACCACACUGCCAAGAAGAACCUGGGCGGUGGAGGCGCUGGCAAUGGAGCUCCAGGUCCCAGCGUGCCUCCGGGCGGUCGCGGAGACGGCCAGCCCACCGAGACUCCCGGGGAUCCCAAGGAUGGCAAGGGAGGUCGCAAAGGUCCCAAGGGCGGCGGACGUGGCGACAAAGGGAACAAAAAGGAGGUGCUUGUGCCCCCUCUCCGCAGAGUGGGAAGGCGCCUUUUUCAAGUUCCCUUAAUUCUGAUGGUUUGGUUCUCCCCCGUAAGGCUUCCGACAAGCUUUGCAUCGGGGCAUCUGAUCUUUGCUCUGCGGAGCCGCCGGCGGCUCGUGAUGAGCCCACUGCAGCUGCCGUGCCUCCCGGAUUCCCCGAGCAAGCCGACUUCUGUGGCUGACUCUGUUUUGCCUGCGCCGCCGUCGGCGCUCCUGGAGGCGAGCUGCGGUGGUACGACCGAUGCGUCUGCUGCUUCGGAAGCUUGCCCUGGACCUAGGAAUGUGGAUGCUUGCAAAGCUGUGCCGGGCACUCGAGCUACUCCCGUGACGGCCUCUCGACUGUGGGAGGAGUGGUUUGGGGCUCUUAGCUCCAGCGAUUGCAGCCUCUCCAUUUUCUUUCACUCGCUCCGCGAAUUACCUCGACGAGGUCGGGGGCCCCAUGGAGAUUCGGCUCAGUCUCGGAGGAAGAUUUGGCCCAUGCCUUUGCCCUACCCCGAGCUGUUGCUCCCAGGGAACUCCACGAGAGAUGCCGAGAGGCUCUCGCUGAAUGCACUUGUUCUAGUGCUCAACUGGCUGUUUCUGGGGCAGCCCGCCGUGUGCCGAGCCGACCACGAGAUCAAGCUCGGGCGCGACCUUCACCCACGGCAGUGGCAGCGCGUUGAGGCGCUGCGAAGUUCUGUGCAGCGAUGGAACGCCACCCCGACGGUGGGACCUUCCGAGAUGGGCCGGGCCGCGGCUAAGUUUGAAGCCUUGGAGGAUCUGCUCUCUGCGAUCUCCCGUGGUUUCGGCGAGCUGAGGCUUGCUGGGAGAAGCCUUGAAGGUGCUGUGCGCAUGAAGUUGAGCCGGCCGUGCCACGCGCUCCCUGUCGACUGUGAUAGGAUUAAGUUCGUAGGCGAACCUUCUUUUGACCCCAGGCCCUACUUGGAUAACUACUCCCGAGCUAUCUACGAAAACCCUUCGGCCUUCCGGGUUGAGAUUCCUGAAGGAGUGCCCAUUCCCCGCGCUCAAGUCAGGACCGCGCCUGGGAAGCGCUUGGGCCUGCUGCAAGCUUUGGAUAAGUGUAAGCGGCUUAAGGUUUUCCCUUCGUCGCAAGUGCGCACUCCUUACCGCAACGGGCUGUUUGCUGUACCGAAGGAUGAAGCCCGGGAUCGCUUGGUGCUUGAUGCGAGAGUGCCCAACAUGGGCGAAGGAGGCGAGGACCCCUGGAUACAGAGCUUGGGAAGUGUCGAGCAGCUUCAGCACGCUUAUCUGCCACCAACCCAUGAAAUCCGAGUGUACUGCGAGGACUUGCGGGAAUUCUACCAUGCUUUCUUGAUCUCCACAGACCGGUGCCAGCGAAAUGCGUUGGCCGUGUAUCUGACACGCGAGGAAGCAGCGACUUUGUCUUGUGCUUGCCAGGGGACUGCCUCCGAGCUGAUGGUGCCUUGCUUGGAUACCUUAGCUAUGGGCGACACCCACGCGGUGAGCUUCGGGCAGACAUCGCAUUUGGCGGUUCUCUUGAGAUGGACCCGGUUGCGCCUAAAAGAUUUUCUUACCCUGAAGGGCCGCCCACCUCGUAGCCCUAAUUCCUUUGCUGGCCUCCUUAUAGACGAUUUCAUUUACCUUGAUUUUGUCGAGAAAGGGAAAACUGAUCGGCCGUCUUUGGGACAAGCGGUCAUCGAGGAGGUGCGGGCAGGAUACGAAGCCACGGGAUUGCCGAGACAUGCCGGCAAAGCAGUGUACGGUGAAAGCCAAGCGGAAUUCUGGGGUGCGCUCUUUGAUGGGGAGCGAGGCUUGAUCAGGCCCAACCCGAAGCGAGUAGUGCCCUUGGCGUUCCUUUUAGUUCGCAUCGUUCGCCAGAAAGCAUGUUGUGGCUCUUUGCUGGAAGCUGUGAGUGGAGCCCUGGUCUCCGCACUUCAGGUUCGGCGGCGGCUGCUCAGCCUGCUUGAUUCCGUUUAUGGCGCACAAAGAGGUGUGGGGCCUUCCGACGCCUUCCUUGUCAGAGGUCCGCUUGCCUCCGAGCUGUUGUGCUCGGCCGCCCUCCUGUGUCUCUCUGAGGUCGACAUCAGAGCCGAAGGAGCGCCUAUGAUGAUCUGUUCGGACGCCUCUUCUGUCUCGGAGGCCGCCGUGUGCAGUGACAUUCCGCCCGGGGUGUCGGUCGAGCUGUGCCGACACGGCUUGCAGAAAGGCCUGUGGAACAGAUUGCUCGGCGAGGUCCCCGCCUACUUGCGAGAACGUGGGGAUGAUGACCUCGGUGUUGGCGAGCUCCCUGAGAGCCACUAUGAGCAUCACCCUAUGCUCGAAGCCCUUUGCAGUUUCCUGCCGUUCCGGCAGUUCGGACCUGUGCUUGCCACGCACAAGCGGCACCACAUCAACGUCGGAGAAAUUCGGGCCGCCCUGCGUGCCGAAGCUGGUUUGGGUAGGCGGUUUCCGGGAACGCGGUAUCUGCACCUUCUUGAUAGCCAGGUCGCAACAGCCUGUCUUGUGAAGGGCCGCAGCUCCUCUCGCGCCUUGAAUUUCGAACUUCGGCGCUCCCUAGCGGACCACUUGACCCUAAGGACCCAGCCUAGAUAUGGUUUCGUCCGAUCCAAAUUUAACCCGGCGGACGACCCUACGCGGGCCGUCGAUGUGCGCAAGCCAGCUGCUGUCGCUCCCGCCUGGUGGGGCCCGGCUUGUCAGGGAGACUUCGGACCACUUGACUCCUGGCUAACCUCGAUUGGGCUUCACUUGGAUCAACUUCGAGAUUUGCCUGAUGAGCGGGAGCUGGGCCCGGAUGCUUCUUUCAGCCUCCCUGGCCUCGACCGAGGUCGACGGGGGCGUCGUGCUCAGGACCCUGAGAGUGUUGCAAGCCGAAUCCUGCGUCGGGCUGUGAUUGGCUCUGCUGACCUUCUUGUGCUCUUUGACAGGCUGCCUGCUCAGGUGAGUGAUCGUAGCGCCUUGGAAAAGCAGAAAGGCUUGACCUUCAAUGGUGGAGCGUUCGUCCAUGGAGGAGUUGUGGGGCUCCUGAAUUCCUGUGGGACGUUCCCGCGAGCGGUGCGGGCCUUCUGCCUUUACAUCCGCCAGGUUAUGCCUGGAAUGCGUUUCUCCUCCUUUAGUGUGCUCGCAAACACUAAGUCCCUGCCCCAUAAGGAUUCUCAUAAUCUUGAAGGUCAUCCGAACUUGAUUGUGCCGUUGAGUCGAUUUCGGGGCGGGGAAGUGUGGAUUGAAACAACCGGAGGAUCAGUUCCUCUCCAAUGGAAGGGGAGGACGGUGCAUGGAGAGCUCCUUGAUGUCAGCCGGGGGGCUUGUGUGCUUGAACACCAUCGCCUUCAUGCUACUAUGCCCUGGCGGGGCAGGAGAUGUGUGCUCGUCGCAUUCACAGUUCGCGACUUGUGGAAGCUGAGUGAAAACCAGAGGGAAUCCCUUGAGGCAUUAGGGUUCAACCUUCCCGAUUCACCGGCCCCUGCCUUCUCGCCAACUCCUUCUUUGACUGCCGCCGGCUCUCCGGAGCCCGGUUCAUCUUCUCUCAGUGUCGACGGCUCCCCACGGGUUGAGCCUUUAUCUGCGUCAGUCUCCGGCUCCUCUCGAGUUGAGCUGUUGAGACCGUCUGGGCUUAACGAAGCAUCACGGCGCUUCUCUGCGCCUCGGCCUGGACUUACGCCAAAAUCCUCUCCCCUCUCACCGGCCAUCUUGGACUUACUUCGAUCCUUGCCGCCCGGUCGCUUUGUGUUCUCCGAGGUGUUUCCUGACCUGAGUUCUGCUCUUCUUCACGGUCGGGGGUGGCUUGACUUGUUUUCGGGUUCCCGGGGCUUUGCUAAGGAGCUAGCUCGAGCCGCGCCAUGUUGGAUCCUCUGUUACGAUGUGCUGCAUGGAAGCGACGAGGACUUGCUGGACUGUGACGUUCAAAAGCCGAUCAAGCAGCUUCUGGAAGGUGGGGCCUUCGAGGGUUUCAGUGCUGGACCUGUCUGCGCUAGCUUUUCUUGCGCGAUCACUCCUCCAUGGAGAAGCUCUGAGUACCCUGCUGGAAAACCCAACCUGACAGCGGCGCAGUGGGAUAAGGUCCGAGAAGGGAAUGCCAUGCUCGACUUCGUUCUGGAACUGGUGAUUAUCUGCGACCGAGGAGGACUUCUGUACUUGAUCGAAAACCCUUUAGGCAGCUGGAUGUGGCGCCAAGAAGGGUGGAAGCGGUGUCUCGCACGAGGUACGAGGUGGGACUUCGCUGUCGACUUUUGCACUUUUGGGACUCCUUGGAAGAAACCUACUCGCUUUCGAACGAAUGGGCAACUCGGUGGACAACACUUGAGGUGCAGCCGGGAUCACCAGCACCUUCGACUCCGCGGUCGUGAUCCUGCUACAAAGUCAUCGCGGACCAAGCUUGGUGAGCCUUACCCCAGGAGGCUCUGCGUGCUCUUGGCUCAGGCUACGUGUCAAGACGCUGGUUGGGCUGAUUACGCUCGGCCUUUGGACAUUAGCCGGUGCGCCAAGUGCACCAAUGCGCGGAUCGGGGAGGCGAGAGUUCCUGGACCUCCACGUCGGAAGGCGAGAGCACCUCUUAUCUUGCGGGACGUACCUCUUGUCGAGCCGGCUACGCUUGCUUUGCAGACGGCCGUUUGGUCAGGCUUCAGCAGAUGGCUUCACGAUGGUGCUGGAGCUGUCGCCGCUGAAAUCGCUUUGAGCUGCCCUGACAUUCUGGUUGAGAUGCUUUGUGCGUAUGGCCAGGUUCUGUAUAGCGAAGGAGCCCCUCUCCAAAACUACAGGCAGCUGCUUGCGACUGCUCAAAGGCGAGUUCCUGGAUGUCGCCCUCUCCUGAAGCCUGGGUGGGAGAUGCUCACCCGCUGGGAGCGCUUGGAGCCGGUCCAACACAGGCCGCCUCUACCGGAGCCAAUCUUCGAGGCGAUGUGCUGCCUCGGCUUCUGUUGGGGAUGGAAACGUUGGGUCUGCAUCACGCUCGUUGCCUUUUACGGGUGCUGCCGCAUCGGGGAGGUCUUGAGGGCGAAGAGAUCAGAUUUACAGACACCGAAGGACCUUCUACGAACUGAUUUUCGGUUCUUCUUGAAGAUCCGUGAGCCUAAAACUAGGUUCCGGGGACCGCGUACUCAGCAUGUGGCAUUGGUGCUUCCGUCUGGGAUUGCGGAGUUCAUUUCUUCUGUCUGUGAUGCCAUACCUCCCUCGGAGGGACUUUACCACGGAAGCCCCUCAGUCUACAGACGUCGAUGGGAUUACCUGCUUGAAAGGCUUGGUGUCGCUCGGACGUUCAAGCUCACCCCGGGAUCCCUCCGGGGCGGAGGAGCUGUGGCAGCUUACCAAGGGGGCCUGGAUAUUCCAUCACUGCAGUGGCGAAUGCGGCUCCAGCAUCAGGCGACACUGGCCUUCUACCUACAGGAGGUCGCCGCUGGUUCUGUGCUCCCCUCACUCCCUCGACAUUCGAGAGAAGCUAUCGAAGCGGCUAGAGCCGUUUUUCCGUUCUUGUUUAACUCCGCCCAGCGCGCUAUCGCCACGCCUGCAAGGCUGUAA